GCUUAGAAAUGGGUCGUGGAUGAGGAGAGAUGGAUGAGAUGAGGACAGAAGAGGGAUAGGAAGGAUAAUAAGGGGUUUAGUGGGAGUUUUAGUGGGCAUGUUGAUGCUUCCGACCAUUAUAGCGACAUGUGAAACUGACAAAGCACAGCCCGAGAUAGCGGUUUAUGAAGAUGAAUUUACUACAGCAGCUGGACCUUAUACUAUAUCCAAAGUAUCAUAUGCAGCUAAUAUGAGUGCUUUGUUCACUUUUCAAAGCUUGACUGCAAACACUUUCACAGUGAACAAGUUUUAUUCGCUAAAUCAUACAUUGAAAUGGAGCAAAAGUUAUUCAAUAAACUCCACUGCUUCUCAAUAUGGAAUAACCUGGGAUGAAGCCAACUUGUAUGCAAUAGAAGACAACACUUUGAAUGAUGAAGUCUCUAUAAUUCUGAUGGAGCCUGAGGAAGGAAAUAUUACUGGAGUCUAUCAGUUAUCAGGGAUCUCAGAAAUCUCUAAGUCAGAUUCAAGCCCUCCUUUCAUUUACUUUGAUGCUAGAAAUGGAACAGAUGGGAAUAGGAUAUUAUGAAAGUUUACAUUAUAUCUGAAAAAAUUCAGAUGAACAAGUCUAUCCAUGCUCACAGGACCUCUUCUAGCGAUAAACUCUAUUUACCUGAACGAGGUCUUCAUUGUUUCCCAGACUACAUCAUAUUUAUACAUGAUGAAAUUAACCCUUUGGACUCCAAAUGCUGUUGUUGAUUGGGCGAAAAGAAAGUCUAUUGCAUCAACUAAUGUACUUACUGUUUCUUCUGCUUACAGUGAAAAGCAUAAGGUUAUCUACACCUUUGUUUACUCUAGCAUUGAAAAGAAAGGAAUUUUUCGUGCUAUUUCUGUUAUAACAGGAGAAGUCAAUACAACCAAUACUUAUAAGACUAAAAUUGCUGUUGAUCCUCCUAACUUCAUGGUUGUGGGAAAUGAAAUGGUUCAUCUUAUCCAUCAGAAUCAUACAGAAGAAUGUGGGUUCUAUGAGUGGGUUUGAGAAAGAACAGGGUGAUGAAUUGGAGCUAGCUGAGCAGUUAAUAAAAAUACUACUUGUCAAGGAAAUUGCUCAGGCACAGGUAUUUUUGGGAAUCAGAUAUCAAGGACUUGAAUUCAAACAUGCACGUUCCCUUGCAAGUACAAUGUUACGAAUUACAACUAUACAAUAUAAACACUUUUGACAUUACUCAGAAUAAUUUCAGGAAUAUCACAGUUUUACCUCGGAACCAGAGUUUUGGCUCGAUGGUUUAUGAAACAAAGGAGGAUAGGUUUGUGCUAGCAGGAAUUUUGAAUCUCAUGGAUGGGGUUACCCAAAAUAUUUCAACAAGACUAUACAAGAUAAAUCCAAAUUCUUUGGCAUGUGACUACUUCUUUGACUCAUUUGGUGUGGUUGGAAUGGAUCAGAUUCAAUCUCAACUGCAAAAUGAUGCAGAUUAUUUCAAUAAGACUGUUUCAUAUAAUUUCCAUGACUCCACAAAGAUGCCAGAUUACCCUCCUAUCACCCAUACCUACAAUUUCAAGACCAAGAAUGAGUCAGAGAUUUACUGCAAGACUAAAAACUUCACAGCCUUGGACUUGUUCGAAUUAACCAAUAAAUCAAUAGGAGCUAAUGUGACAUGAAGUAAUAGUACUCCUAAUAAAGUGGAAUCAGUUUCUGUUGCGUUAGAAGAUGGAAGUGCAAAACCGAGUUGGGUCACGUUUUCUAGCUCAACUCGUGAGAUGAACAUAUCUGCACCUGAAACAAAUGAUUCAGAUAAAUUUGAGUUAUUAUUUAAAACUAAAUUAAAAGGAAAGACAGAAGAAAUCAAUCAGUAUUUUACAAUUACUAUUAAUGACACUCCUCCAGAGCCAGAACCAGAGCCUAAACCAACGCCGGAACCAAUGCCACCUCUGAUAGAAUUAUCAGAGCAGGCUUCUUUUUGGGCAAAAGUAAUGGUUUUUCUUGCAUCAGCUAUUAAUAUUGCAAAUGCAAUGCUAGGUUCAGCUUCUCCAGCUGCCAUCUGGCAAAUGAUGAAUCAAAUCCAACUUUUAAAAUUACUGCUUCUUACUGGCGCCUACCUCCCAUCUGAAGCCAAAGAGUUCUUUAAUGGAAUGGAGUUCAUGUCAUUCGAUUUCAGCUUCAUCCCAUUUGGAAAACUUCCUGGACUUGGAUACUCUAUUGAUUUCAUCGACUUCGAUCAGAACUCUCAGGAACUUAACGACUUUGGACUUGAAUCAGGAAGCUCUCUAGUAAAUAACCUAUCUUUCAUUUUAUUCCUGAUUUUUAUUGCAAUAAUCCACUUCAUCUUGAUCUUGGUGAUAGCCAUGUCAGCUGAUGAAGGAAGCUGUUGAGUCAAACUUUUCAACUGUAUCACAACUAAGCUGAGAGCGAUUUUCACUUACACCAUUUACAUCAGAGCAUUGCUAGAGGCAUUUGUGUUGUUGGUAGUGUCAUUAUUUGCUGAGUUUUACUCAACAAGCAGCCAAAUGCCCAUUUUUAAAUUGAUAUCCCUGGUGUUUGCUAUUGGAAUGAUGAUUAGUUUAUCGGUUCUGGUCAUACUAUUUAUCAGGCAUUUACGAAACACAGAUCCUGAAGAAAGAGAUGAAGGUCCUUACAAAGAACUAUACUGAGGAGUCAAAGAGUCCAAGCUUGCGAUGACCUUCAAUUUAUUCUUCUUACUGAGAAGAUUGCUGUUCGUUUUUGUGCUAGUUCUAUUGCAAGCUCUACCUUUGGUGGUAAAGUUAUCUCUGAUAAUGGUUCUCGAAAUCUGCUAUAUUGGAUUUGUGAUUGUGUAUAUCAGGCCAUUCGAGAAAAUUGAUUUAAAUGUUGUGGAGCUUGCUAAUGAAAUAUUCUUUAGUUUCUUCCUAUGUAGCUUAUUUUCCUUUAACCAGGAGCAAAAUUGGACUACUAGUUUCAUUACAAUUUAUAUCUAUGCAUUAACUGCGAAUAAUUUCAUAGUAGUUGCAAUAUCAUUAGGUUUUAAAUCUGUGGCAAUGACAAAGGGUAUAAUUAAAUUAGUCCAAAAGUACAAGAGCAAACCAAAGAUAACUCCAACAACUACUAAUCAGAUAGAUAUGGAUACUUUUGCGAGAAAUCGUCCACACUCAAUUUCAAAUUGAAAGCUUCCAACUUCGAAGUUGGGAAGCUCUCCAUACUCUGCAAACAUGAAGAGCUACCAGAACUCAUCAAUUGGAGCCAGCGAUGUCAGACUAGGACCCAAUUUCUAGA